UAGAGCGAGCGCGGAGGUUGCGCCUCUUUGGGAGUUUUCGGAGCCGUCGCCAGUGACAGAGCCAGUUUCUCGCGUAGCAUCGCUCCGGCGUCCAGGCGCCCCUUCAGUAUGAAGCCGACGACCGUGCCAGCCGUAUCCGCUGCACCUGUCGUCCGAUCUACCGCGUCAGCCACGCUCGUCGUUCGCACGGACGACCUGAUCGUACACUCCUGAUCGUGGAUCCUGCCAUCGACACCCCUUAACGGAUACCCCGUCGUCUCAGCUCCGAUUUCGUCCAUCGAGAAACUCUGGAUAAAGGAUCGUCCUGGAUCGUUGGUCGCUGGAUAAAGAAGGAUUAUCCCGGGAUCGUCAGGUUCUGUGGGAUACGGGAGGAUCGAUUCGCAUCGCGAGGCGAUCUCGAGAUUGGAGCGCCACAGCCUGGAGAGGAUCGUCCAUCUCGCGAAACCCGUUCCGUCUCUCUCUCUCUCCAGGUCCUCCUCGUCUUUCUUUCGGCCGGUUCUUCCUGGACGUGAUCGGUGAUCGGCUUGUGUUCCUCCAGUGUUUCUUAUUUCCUUACCCACGCCGGGGUAAGGUUGCUGCCGUUGCUUCUUCUUCGUCGUUGUAGUUGUUCUUCCUCCUUCUCCUCUUAUUCUUCUGCUGCUUCUCCUUGUUCUUCUUCUUCUUCCUGGCCGUCGCGAGGAGGUCGUCUCGUUGCACGAAGAAACUGUGAUACGCGGUGAAGAAAGAGGAGACGCGUGCGGGACUCCGUAUAAAAGUGAAAACUCGUUCCUCCGGUGACGUGGUUCGGGUGCUCCUCCUGCUCGGGUGAAUUCCGUACCCGUACCCUGCACCCUUUUACUGGAUAUUUCGGGCUACCUGGAAUUCUUGGACCUCGAACGGCUGGAUCGGAUCCCCACCGCGGAGGAUCGAACGUUCAUCGAGGACCCGUGAUGUCACCUCCGAGUCGUCGGAAUCGUUAGAAGCGGGCCGCGAAAAAUGGCCUCGAUCUUGGGAGACGGAACGGGCCCCGGAGGCUCGGGACCCUCCCGAUGUCUGUUGCUUCUUCAAAGGUCCCUGGCGAUUCAGCUGACCAGGGGUCCGCCUCCUCAGGUUCUGAACGCCAGCCAACGGGAGAGUCCCAAGGAGCAUCCAGCCGACGAGAUGUGGAUGUACGAUAAGGGUUACAAUUUGUUUCAGAGCUUCUUGGAGGCGAACUCCAAGUGCUGGUGGAACGCAGCCCUGGUGGACGCGACUCGACAACUCAGGUACAAGGGUCACGUGUCACCUGGCGUGCUGAUGGUCGGCGGACCACCCUGUGCCCUCGAGGUCUUGAGGGCAGCCUGGGCUCGAAACGUCCUACGACCCCCAGCCGAUCAUGCGAUCACCUGUCUCGGCGACAUAGAGGAUUGCUUGGUAGCCCCGGUGUCCCAGGGACAAUUCACGCCGCUGCCGGAAGCCCUUUGUUGGGCCAUUCUGGAGCUGACGUCUCAGAGGCAAGCGGCGACUCUGGACACGCUCAGAUCCGCUCUGAGGAACGCGUUCCCAGCGAUGCAGAGACCUGGCCGCGAACUGGUCUACGACGCCCUGGCGAAGUUGAUGCAAGAACGGAAGAUAUAUCAUACGUCUCAAGGCUACUUCGUCGUCACUCCCGAGACGAGGAGGCUCAGGCGCGACUCCAGCAACUCCAGGAGAUGCUCCAGAGAGGUGAGCGGAUCCAGAGGGCAGGGCAGCAUGCUGAUGUCCAACGACGAGGCCAUGGCCCUUGUGCAUGGCGAAAUGCUCACCCUCAGGGACGGCGACGUGACGCAUCAAGCUGUGCAGACGAAUCUCGCGGACGUCAUCUGUGGAGGAAAUCCGAACGACAAGGUCCUGUUCGCGAGAUGUCGAUCGAUGCCUGGUCGUCUGGAAAGGCGACACUCGCUGCGGCUCUGGGGAUCAGCCAGACGCUUGCACAGAAGUGGAAGUUCGCGGUCUUUGCCACGAAGGCCAGAAAGAAGCGACACUUCGUCGAGCGCGGAGUAUGCAAGCACCGACAGCGCGCCUCAUAGUCCAACCAGUUUCUCCGGGAUUUUUUCAGAGAAAAUAGGUCUACUCUCCAGGCUGUUUCGACGCAGCACACGAAGGAAGGGUGCACCGUUAAUGGGCACGUUCAGCGCUCAGUAUCCUCCUACCGAGUGGUUUAACCCGCGCGUCGUUCACCUACACAGCGUGGCCACUCAAACCAGAGCUGCCAGCCCCUCGAUGAUGGAGGGUCUCGAUCAAUCGCAGGCCAGUUUCCAAGUUUGGGACGACUCGAGCUCGGUGCGAUCCGCCACACUACCUAGGCGACACCGACGCCAAGCCAGCGGCGAUUCCUCCAGUUUGUUGGCAAACUCGACGCCGAGGAGUUCUAGACGACAUCGAUCGCCGUGUUCAACUCUGCCCAGAUCGAAGUGCUCCAGCCUCAGCAGAUGCACCUCCAGAGCGUCCGUUCUGCCCCCCAGUGCCAAUCAGGAGUCGUAUCAAGGUCGUAAUCAGACGCAGAACGGCAAGAACUCGACGAACUCUUCGCCCAGCCGAAGCGGCGGGAGUUCUGGCUCGGUCAGGACGACGAAUGCCAGCCCAGCGAAAACUGCGACGCUAGGCCGAUCCAGCACGAGGCAAUCGAACGCCAGGCGACCCAGUCACGAUUCCACUGGCAGCGUUACCAAAUCGAACGGAUCGCCACAGCACAAGGUUUUGCAAAAGACGUCGUCGGGACACUCGUCCCACUCCAGCGGAAAGUCGAUCUCCAGCGGAAAGCUGUCCUCGUCGCCGCUGAAAACAGCCACGCUACCGGUGAAAUCCUCCCCGCUGAAGGUGGUGCAACAAGGAUCCCUGACCCCGCUGCAGGAGGCGCAGAACUCGAUCACCCUGCAGGUGUCUACAAACUUGACGCCAGUCAGCCCCACCCAAGAGCAACGAGCGAUUCAGAACAGCGUGACGUUAGCCUCCAACGCCAGCAGCACGACCACCAUAUCCGGAUCCCCUGGCACGAAGAUCUACGUGCACCAGAACAGCUCACCGAUGAGGUCCGUCAUCACAUUCGAGAACGGCACGGUGAAGACCAAAGUGGCCGACAAAGAGCCCAUGGACUCCAAGCAAGAUCGCGAAUUGAUCGGCGAGAAAGUUUACAAAUCCAGGCUAGAGGAGGAGAAGCUCUUCAAGACGAAGCUCGACGACGAGAAGCUGAACAAGUCUAGCAAGAUCGAACGUCCGUCCUCCCUAUACAGUUCCAAAGAGACGAAACCGAGCCAUCAGCAGUCCGAGUCCGACAAGGAGAACAAACCGAAAACCGAGGAGGAAUUGCCCAACAAAUUGAAGCUGACGAACCGUCUGAACAACAGCCAGGCGCACCUGAUCGACGGAUCUACUAACAACAUCGAUAAGAACUCGUUGGUAAACGAACACCCUGCCACAACCUUGUCCAGCAUGAAGAACACCAACGACGCCAUGAACAACUCGCGAAAGCUGAGUCUGUCGCUUUCCAAGGACGCUCUAAGUUACAGGAAUCUUCUGCGUCCUGGCUCGAAGAACAACAUCGCCUCGAAUCCACCGUCGCCCACAAAGUCGUUCGACGGUUUCGGUGGAUCUUUCAACAACGUUUACAUUGAAAACCUGGAAGCUACCAAACAACAGAGAGCUCCUCAGGGUUCGGAGCCUAAUCUGGAAAAAACGGUUAGUCGAGGUGAUCUGUACACGUAUCCCAGUCUGAGCGACAUGCAGGUCCAAUUCACCAGCCUGGCAGCGCAGAAAAUCCUCAAGGGUUGCCCCAUCAACAGCGUGGAUACCCUGGUCGAGGUCAACAUGGCGGCGGCUGAGAAACCGAACAACUGCGACGUUACGGUUCACACCGACUUUGGACUCGUUUAAAGUUUCUUCUCGUCGGCGUUUCCCGCGCGUUUCGUACAGUGAAAGGUUGAACUUUAGCACGAUGAACUUAUCAAUACCACGUAUGCGGCGUGGGUCACGUGUCCAAUAGCAACGGAUGAACGCUGUACUGCUUAAGCAUAUAGAGAGCACUGUAACAGUUACCAGUAAAUAAACAUUCGUUACGUUCUCGCGCAUACCGUCCUGCCACGCGUUGUCUCCUACCUAGUGAGUAUUGCGCCAGGUGUCUAUUCGAGAGUUUUACUUGCAAUGGCCGCCAGUAAGAGUAUGAGUCCCCUAGCACAGAGUUUCUUAAUUUUGUUUCGUCGCUUGUAUUCAAUUCAAUUCCACGUAAAAUAUUUUUGCAUUUAAUGAAAAAAAAUGUCUUUAAGGUUAGUCGUUUGUCCCAUCACGAUAGAAAUAGUUACAAAUUCUUCCCAUGUACACUCCAGAGGGUAAUUUUAUGUAAUACAAUUUUUAAAGAAAGAAAAUAAAUAGGGUAAAGGAGCUUACAUUCUCGAUACUCCAAAAAGUAAAAUUCUCAAAUGGAUACCAAGUGCUACGAUCGAAAUCACUUCCGUUUGAUAGUAUCGAUAAUCGUCCGACGAUUGCCAAGCACCAUGCUUCCAUUGAUCACCUAUAUGCUUACGCGGCUGGAACGUUCCAUAGUAUUUUGUAUAAAUAAUGGCAGCCAUUCCACAGAAAGUAUUCGUUAGCUUAUUUCUAGUUGUUUAAAACACGUCCAAGAAUCCGGUGAAACGCAUUCGAGCAGCAACCCUAUUUUAUUCGCAUAACCUUCUGACCACGAAGGACGUCUCCCUACUCGUUGCAUUCAUCGUUCAUUUCUGCUCAGAACAAUUAAAGGACGGACCUCUAAAUGAUACGAAAGAGUAAAACAAAUAUACCAUGGACGGUAGAAAUGCAUAGUCUAAUUAACGAGGACUCGUGGAUCAUGAUUAUAGUGUCACACUUGGAAGGUAAGUUCAAUCAUCUUGAAAGUUGUAAUUUCUUUCGGCUUCAUUACUGAAAUUUUUCUGUAAAAUAUUCUAUUUUCAAGUACUCUAAAUUUUUGUAUAUAAUAGUCAUGAUUCAUAUAAUUUCGUGGUCCGUAUAACGUAGACUAGAAUGAGACAAUACAAUAAUAUAGUACAAAAAUUUCUUGUCCAAAAUUCGAUAUGCAAAUAGUGUGCCUACGUAGAGACUUUAGAAAUGACGAUCUUCUAAUUAUUUUGAGCAGAAUAGAUUCAACUGGCAAGCUUAAAGUUUCAAAUAUUUCUUUCAUUCUUUGUAACAAUGCAUCGGGUGCGUCAGAUGUCAUCGUGCCACCGUCGACACAUUUUAGUUUGAAAUGAUCAUAACAUAGAAAAUCGACUAUAAACGGGUACCACAGCGUCGUAACGUUGGCAGUUUUGCAUCGCUUUACCGAGUUAAAGCGAUUUGCUAAAGCAAUACUUCACGUACGAUAGCCUGACAAUUGCCUUACUCGAACGAGAAAGAUAGAGAGAGAUGAGAAUAUUUUGCGCGAACCCAAAUACUGCCGAUUUCUGUAGCGUCGACUUAGAAUAGAAAGCAGCGUAAGAAAAAGUCGUGUCUUUGAAGACAUUGUGUAAAAAGUGGUAAUUUAACACGCAUCAUUCUUUCUUGUUUAAUUGCUCGUCCCCCUGGGCACGGACGUCUACUGUUGGCGCUUGAAAAGAGUGAUUUUGACUACGUCCCCUGCAGUCAGUCGGUCGAAUUCAGCGAGAGACACUUGUCCCUAGAUCGAUCCAUAAAUAAAAUAUCUACUUCUAAUGAUUCCAUUCUUAACAUUUUUGAAAAGUUGGUCAGACAAAAUUAUUUUAACUAACUGUGGCGUAUGCCACAGACGGAGUCAGUGACACUCUUCUCGCGCGCGGGCAGUAAAAGUAGGCGAGAUUUUGUUUCGGUCGAUAUGCCAAAGUAGAAAGGAAGCGUAGUGCAGUCAACUUUAUCGUAGAAUUUAGGUAUAGUCAUUGACUACGCGUAUGCAAGGGAUAACUACGAUUCACAGUUCAAGCGUGCUACGACUAUCGUAUUCGUCAUGGACCCUCAUCGAAACGGGUACUACUUUUGGAUAGCGAAAUUCCCUCAAACAAUCACUUUUUCGUAUAAAUUUUAUACCUAAAGUAUGCACUGUAUAUACAUCAGACGAAGUCAUGCAAGGAGAACAUCAGGGGUGUAAGGAGUCGUUAAAAUACUACAUUACGCUACUUUACCCUGAUUUUUAUUUCCUCCCUAUCAUUGUUCCUAUUAGUUUAAAUUUUGAUGAAUAUCUUUAGUAAUAACAUAGUAAUACUUGAGUCGCCACGAUUUCAAAAAUUCUCUUCACAAUUUCGUCGACUUCUACCCUUUCCCAUGAAAGCGUAAUGUAAUUUUUGAGCGACCCCUAAUGAAAAAUGAUCACCCUUGUCAUCGUACGUUAUCAUGGCGCGAAACAAUACAAUAAACGACUUUUUCCUUGGAUACACAAGUCGUGAAAAUGCAGUGCCCAAAUAUGUGAAACAGAGAGGUGCACCACCAUUCCCCAGGAAAGAAGCAGUACCAUUUAAUAAUUAGUGCAAUGGUAAAUCUAAGUGCCAAAACCGUUAUUAGUACUUAACUCGCCUUAAGUCGUUCGCGACGCGACCACGUUGACGUCGAGCGGCGACAAGUAUAGUCGUUGCGAACGAGUCUUCCGUUUAACGUUCGAAUUACAAUUAUUAACCUAAAACGUAAAAUACGUAGUGGUAAGGCGGCAGGUGACGUGAGACGCCGCUGUCGUGCCUGCUUUGUACAUUUCAUACAAUUGUAUUGCCGAUUAACCGAUAGCAAUCUCGAUACACCACCACGGUCUUCUAAUUUUCACGAGAAUGGAAGGACACACGGAGCCUUUUACGCCCUUAUUUCUUAUCAAAACUAACUUGUAGAGUACCAUUGUGUAAUCUUGCUCUAUUAUAAUUAUAACAACGAAAGCGUAUAAUAAUAAUAAUAAUAAUAAUAAUAAUAAAAA